CCAUCAAAAAAAAAAAAAAAAACAAAGAAAACACAGAAAUAACAAACCUUCUCUGCUUACAGGCAAAUUAUCUCAAGCAAUGAAGGUUAACUUGCUUGCCCUCUUCUUCCUACUCUUUGCUUUCAUAUCAGCCAAAGCUGGUCCUUUGGUUGACACUGAAGACAGCCCCAUCAGAAAUGGUGGCUCAUAUUACAUCCUCCCAGCCCUCCGGGGACUCGGCGGUGGCGUCAGCCUUGCCGCCACCGGCAACGAAACUUGCCCUCUUACCGUUGUUCAAACCAUCAACGAACUGUCCAAUGGUUUGCCCACCAGACUUUCUUCUCCUCACAGAAUCGCUUAUCUCCGCACAGACUUUAAUUUGGAGUUCACCGUCGUAGCACCACCAAAGUGCGCAGCCCAACCGGCAAAAUGGACGAUUGUCGGCGGAGACGAUGAGAUAAAGCAAGUGAAACUUGCUGGUUACGAGGAUACCCUGCGUGGUUCGUUUAGAAUCCAGACAUAUCGUGGUUUGACCUACAGGAUUGUGUUCUGUUCCACUGAUGAAGAUUCUUGCAGUGCUCUUGGGAUUUCCAAGGACGAUAAAGGACACAAGAUUUUUGUUAUUAACGAUGAUGACCCUUUCAUCGUUGUGUUUGGCAAGGCUGAAUCAUCUGCUGAAUGAAGAGCGUACUAUACUAUCGAAAUGCUGAUGAAGCCACUGCGCAUUGCAAGUAAAAUAAAAUAAUAAUGCUUCAUGUGCUUUCCUUUUCUCCAUCUGUAUCUGAAGCCUAACAUAAAUAAAAUCAUGUUCCAAGUGCUUCCUCUU